AAACUCCCACUACCCCCUCCCCCUCUCGCUCUCUCUCUCCUCACGCGAAAACACCCCACCCACUAAAAAAAAAAACCCAAAUGGAGCCGCCGCCGCCCGCCGCAGCUCCACCCCUCUCCGCCCCGACCUACCCCGACUCACUCGACUCCUCCCCUCGCUCCCGCAACACCGACUCCUGGGACGAGCCCCCCUUCCCCGCCUCCGCCCUCCCCACCCCCAAGCUCCGCCUGAUGUGCAGCUACGGCGGCCACAUCGUCCCCCGCCCCCACGACAAGUCCCUCUGCUACGUCGGCGGCGACACCCGCAUCGUCCUCACCGAUCGCUACUCCUCCCUCCCCGACCUCACCCGCCGCCUCUCCAAGACCCUCCUCAAUAACCAGCCUUUCACUCUCAAAUACCAGCUCCCCAACGAAGACCUCGACUCUUUGAUCUCCGUCACCACCGACGAGGACCUCGACAACAUGAUCGAGGAGUACGACCGUUUGUCGAACUCCUCCGUCAGUUCCGGCUCCAAGUCCUCGCGCCUCCGUCUGUUUUUGUUCCCGUCCAAGCCCGACUCGAUUGGGUCCUUGUUGGAAGACUCGACCAAGUCGGAGGACUGGUUUGUAAACGCGCUGAAUGGAUCGUCUAAUAGGGGGUUUUCCGAGUCGGCGUCGGUUGAUUGCUUGCUAGGGUUAGACGACGACGACGACGUUUUGGGGAAAUCGAAUUCGGCUCCGGUGAGGGCCGCGGGGAAGGACGGGGAGGAGGGGGGGAAGGGAGGAGGGGUGAGCGUGCACUCGGUGCCGGACUCGCCGAUGCUUGAGACGUCGUCGUCGUUCGGGUCGACGUCGUCGUCGCCGUCCCUGGCGAACCUGCCGCCGAUCAGGGUGCACGCGGCGGCGACGGCGACGGCGGACGAUCAGAGGCUUGGAAUUGAGGAGCAGUUUGCUCAUUUGAGUGUUGUUGUUGGGGCGCCUGCUGCUGCGGCUCCUGCUGCUGCUCCUCCUGCUGCGUCUUCGCCCCCCAGUGGUGUCGUGGCGGCGGUUGGGGGGUUUUCGGGUGAGUAUGCGAACCGGGUUUUCUCGGACGAUGAGAGAUCAGGAGAGGGGAUAGGGUUUGGGUAUCGAAAAUUACCUCAACAGUCACAGCCGCAGCCAUCGCAAUUCCAGGGCAAACCAACUGGUGGACUCGAUUUGGCUUCACCAGAUUCAGUUUCAAGUGAUGGUAGUUUAACAAAUCCGUUGUCUCGCCAAAGACCGUUGAUUUAUCAGGAACAGGUUGCUCAAAAUGCCUUUCCGGUUGAUCCGAAGUUGUCUGAUCCAAACUCUAGAGUUCAGAUGCAACAACUUCAGGAUUCUGGAUACCUAUUGCCAAACCAAUUUGACCUACACCAUCAGCAAUUGCAACAACAGCAGCUGCAGCAGCAGCAGCAGCAGCAGCAGCAAUUGAAUGAACAACACCACCGACAGCAGCAAUUGAAUCAACAAAAUCACCAACAGCAGCAGUUGAAUCAACAACAGCAGCAGCAAUUGAAUCAACAGCAGCAAUUGAAUCAACAACAACAACAAUUGAAUCAACAACAAUUUCUUCAGGCGGGUGCUCAUUACAUUCACCCUCACCCUAGUGGACCGGUGCCAAUCCCGUCAUACUACCAAAUAUACCCUCCCCAGCAACAAACCCUACACCCGCUCGAUCAGCAGUACCACCAAUCCAUGUACUAUAUGCCUACUGCCAGACAAGCUCAGCCAUAUAACUAUGUUGUCCAGCAACCAAACUAUAAUGAAGCAGCCACUACGAACACCACUUCUAGCCGCCCUCAAAUCCCUCCGCUGCCUAAUUCUGUGAUGCCAAUGCCUCCCCCUUCAUCUUACACUACCGCGAGAAACCCUCCUGCCUCUUCUAAACCUGAAAUGGCAACAGGAAUGUACAGAACUGCAGCCCCAGUUGCCCAGCCUUUAGUUCAAGCGCCUUCAACUCAACAUCAUCAGCAAUAUGUUGGUUUCACUCAGAUUCAUCAUCCUCAUCCAUCUCAAUCUGUUGCUCCUAAUUCAGGGAAUACUGGUGCUUAUGCCUAUGAAUUUGUUGAUCCUGCCCAAAUGUACUACCCUCAGGCUAUGGCACCCCAAUUGGCUGCUCAAUAUCAAACCAUGACCUCGGGCCCUGCAAUGGCUUUACCUGAAACUUCAACUCAAUUGCCUGCAGACAACACCAAGCAGCAGAUUCGGACUUCACAGCCGUGACAGAUGGGUUGUGCAGCAGGAAGGAACAAUUUUGCAGCAACGGGUUUGGCUUAUCUUUUGCAUUUUCAACUAUAGUACAUGUCAAUUUUAUUGGGUAUUCGUUUGUGGUAUGUAUUUGUGAUGGGUAAUAAGAAACUUCGGUUUUCUUUAGUGUCUUUUUACUUGUAUGGUAUCUUGAUAUUGUUGUUAUGGACCGAAACGUGUGUCAUAUGAGGUUAUACUGUAAAAGUUCGUACUUAUAUGUUGGUCUGUUCAGUCUAUAUUGAUAAUUGAAUAAAUGUAACAUAGAGUAGCAAGAGCUUUCGAGUAAAA